AUGGCAUUAUCGGAACUUGAGAAGAAAAGACAAGAGAAUAUCAGAAGAAACCAAGAGUUGUUAAAAAAACUUGAUUUGGAUUCAAUUUCUGAUUCAAUAAAAAAGGAGGUUGAUAGUAAAACUCCAUCACCAUCUCUGCAAAAACGACGCAAGACUACGAAAAAACCAGUAGUUAAAAAAGAAGUACUGGAGCCAAGCAGAAGAUCUCGUCGUAUUGCCGGUAUCAAAUCUGAAUUAGAAGACCCUAAAGAGGCUGCUAGAUUAAGAGAAGAAGAAGAAUUGAAACAGCGUCGAAAACAAGAACUUGAAAGAUUGAAGAGAACGCGUCUCUUUGGAGAUUUCAAAUUGAUUGAUUUGAUCACCAAUAAAAAGGGAGAUAUGAUAUUUGAGAAAAAUGUCAUGGAUCGGAAGUUGUCACAUAUUGGUCUCGAUAGUAAAGUGGAGGAGCAAAAAGAGGAAAAUGAAGAAGAAGAGACAAUCAAUAUUGACGAGAACAAUAGAGUGUUGAAACUUGUACAAUCAUUGGGUGAUAAGUUUUCUGCAGGUGAUUUUUAUGAAGAAAUUAGAAACUCGCAAACAAAUGGUAAUUCCAAAGACAAAUCAUUGGAUGCAAAACGUGAGGAAUUUGAUGGUUUGAACAUUUAUCCUCGCUUUGAUCCCUUGGAUAUUAAAAUAUGCCACAAUCGUAUCACCUCAAUGUUCUUCCAUCCAUCAACCACCAAUAGAAUCGUUGUUGGUGGUGAUACUACCGGAAAUGUUGGUAUCUGGUUAGUUGAUGAACAAAAUAAUGGGAAAACUGAUGAUGAUGAGGAACCAUCUAUUUCUAUCUUACAACUUCAUGGUAGAAAUGUUUCGAAAAUAAUGACCCUAACGUUUUCUCCAGAAAAGAUUUACACCAGUUCCUAUGAUGGAAGUAUUCGAGUUUUAGAUUUGAACAAACUAAGCAGCACUGAAUUGAUAUAUUUGAAUGAACCCGGUACAAGAGAAGAUAUUGCCUUAGGGAUAUCUGAUAUCAAUCAAUGUCAAGAUUCGUCAGUAAUAUUCAUGACUACCCUUGAUGGUGAGUUUUACCAGCAUGAUACCAGAGCUCCUUUCAAUUCUCAUCAUCGUCAUCAUUUAGCAGCUAAGGAUUUGCUUCGUUUACACGAUAAGAAAAUAGGUGGAUUUGCCGUUAAUCCAAACACAAAUUACCAAAUCGCAACAGCAUCUUUAGAUCGUACAUUAAGAAUAUGGGAUUUAAGAAAUGUUAACAAAUCUGUAUAUUCCGAGUUUGAGAAUCAGAAAUCCCCUCAUAUGUACGGAAAUUACAAUUCAAGACUAUCAGUUUCAUGCGUCGACUGGAACCAAGAGAAUCGACUUGUAUGUAAUGGAUAUGAUGAUAAUAUCUGCUUGUUUGAUUAUAGUGGGGGAAAAAUCCAUAAUGAACUUCCAGUGAUAACUGAAUGGAAAUCCGAUUUUGUUCCUUCGACCACACCACAACAUCACAAGAAUACUACAACAAGUUCCAAAAAUUCAGGGGAGCUGAUGCUGGAAUUAUUACCCAACAAUUUAACACCAUUUACUAAAAUAAAACACAAUUGUCAAACUGGUCGUUGGGUUUCAAUUUUAAAAUCACAUUGGCAAACAAAUCCAGCUGAUGGAGUUCAAAAAUUUAUUAUUGCCAACAUGAAUCGUGGAUUAGACAUUUAUAAUCAAGAUGGACAGAUAUUGGCUCAUUUGAACGAACAGGUUGGUGCCGUUCCUGCAGUUUGUACUCUUCAUCCUAGUCAGAAUUGGGCUGUUGGAGGAAGUGCCAGUGGGAAAGUCUACUUAUUUGAAUAA